GUAUAAAAACGGAGUCAUCGGGGGGGCUUGGAGCGCAGAGCGGUUUGGUCGUUCGUUGGAGGAGCUGCUUUUCUUAGCUCAACGACUGCGGCUCUUCAUUGGGCAAUAGAAGCGGCGCGGCGGAAGAAGGGGCCUAAAACUUCGGCAUUGAGUAAAAGAAAAUGGCCCGAACCAAGCAGACUGCUCGUAAGUCCACGGGUGGGAAAGCGCCCCGCAAACAGCUGGCCACUAAAGCUGCCAGAAAAAGCGCUCCCUCUACCGGCGGGGUGAAAAAGCCUCAUCGCUACAGGCCCGGGACCGUUGCGCUUCGAGAAAUCCGUCGUUACCAGAAAUCGACCGAGCUUCUGAUCCGGAAGCUUCCUUUCCAGAGGUUGGUGAGGGAAAUCGCCCAGGAUUUCAAAACUGACUUGAGGUUCCAGAGUGCCGCCAUUGGUGCGCUCCAGGAGGCUAGUGAAGCGUACCUGGUGGGUUUAUUUGAAGAUACUAAUCUGUGUGCCAUCCACGCUAAGAGAGUCACCAUCAUGCCCAAAGACAUCCAGUUGGCUCGUCGGAUACGGGGAGAGAGAGCUUAAGUGAAGGCAGUUUUUAUGGUGUUUUGUAGUAAAUUCUGUAAAAUACUUUGGUUUAAUUUGUGACUUUUUUUUGUAAGAAAUUGUUUAUAAUAUGUUGCAUUUGUACUUAAGUCAUUCCAUCUUUCACUCAGGAUGAAUGCGAAAAGUGACUGUUCACAGACCUCAGCGAUGUGAGCACUGUUGCUCAGGAGUGACAAGUUGCUAAUAUGCAGAAGGGAUGGGUGAUAUUUCUUGCUUCUCAUGAUGCAUGUUUCUGUAUGUUAAUGACUUGUUGGGUAGCUAUUAAGGUACUAGAAUUGAUAAAUGUGUACAGGGUCCUUUUGCAAUAAAACUGGUUAUGACUUGAUCCAAGUGUUUAACAAUUGGGGCUGUUAAGUCUGACCAUACAUCACUGUGAUAGAAUGUGGGCUUUUUCAAGGGUGAAGAUACAAGUCUUAACCACAGUGUAACUUACAGUUUCCUUAAAAAAAAAAAAAAAAAAAAAGUAAA